AUGCUGCUGGAGCCGGAUCCCUUUCUGAACGAGCUCACCAAGCUGUACGAGCGCCACAAGGGCGCCGGCACCGUGUGGGUCACUCUCAAGCGCUCCAACCUGCGCAAAAAGCCGAAGGGAGGUGAGAAGGCAGGCGGGGAUGACGUGGAGGAGGAUGAGAGCAGCGCUGCGGAGUACCGGUGUGUGGUGAGGGCCACCGAUGGCAAAAGGAAGAUCAGCACCCUGCUGGGACCUCGGGAGCAUGCCAAGUUUCAGGCGGCGUAUGCGCUCGUUCUCAAGGCGCAUAUGGACUCCCUCAAGCGCAAGGAGAAACGGGAGAGGAAGAAGAUGAAGCCAUCUGCGCCCGCCUCUUGA